AUGAAUAUUAUAGAUUUAUUAAGAAAUACAUUUAUUAGAAUUAAAGUAUUUGAAUCAAUUUAUGAAAUCAAUCACCGUGUAUCUCGCCACAACAAAGGACAAAUCACAUUUGCCAAAGGAUCAUAUUUAAUCAAAGAAGCAAAUGAACCAAAUACACAACUUGUAAUGGUUUCAAAGUUUGGAAUGACUUGGGAUUAUGUCAAACAUUAUCUUGUGCCGGAGAAACUUACUAGAAAGUGUAAAUUGGAUAGUAUUGCUCAGUAUUGUACACUUGGUAAUGCUCAACUUGAAACUGUCAAGAUGCUGAUAGAAUGGUGUGGAGAUGACAAGAUGUUAUCGAAAACAAUCAAUGUAUUGAUGGUAUGCAAGGCUGGUCACAUUGAUAUUGUUGAAUUCUUAAUGACCAAGUAUUCAUUGGGUGUUUUACAUCUUGCCAAAUCAAUCGAUUAUGCUGCAUCAUCAGGUCGACUUGAAAUGGUUCAAUGGUUACAUAAUCGAUUUGGAAGUGAUAGUACUAGUAAUAGUAGUGGUAUUUGCACAACCGAUGCUAUCGAUUGGGCAGCAAAAGGUGGACACAUACAAGUAGUGAAAUGGUUAAAAUCAAAGAGAAAAGAAGGUAUGACUGAAGACGCAAUUAUCAGUGCCUGCGAAGGGUCUUGUCCAUUAGAGUUUAUUCAAUGGAUGGCUCAUAGUCAUAUCCAUGUGACUAGAGUUGGGAUCGAGUGUGCAAUGGUUGGUGCUGCGUCAGGUGGACGAUUAGAUGUCGUCAUUUGGUUGUUUGGAGAAUAUGAUCACCGUAUAUCCGACGAUGCAAUGACUAGUGCCAUCAGGUCGGGUCAUGUGGAUGUCUUGGAGUGGAUGUAUGAGCGUGUAGACCAUGAUAACAUUGGUUUGUACGAUGCGAUCGAUAUAGCUGCCAAAAGCGGCCAUUUAAACAUGGUCAAGUGGAUUCAUUCAAAUGUAUUCGAGGAUGACAUAUACUCGUCUUUGGCCUUGGAGUAUGCCGCUGCCAAUGGUGAUGUAGAAAUGUGUUCAUGGAUACACUCCAAUAUCUUUGUAGAAUGUACCAACAAAUCAAUCCGACUAGCUGCUGAAAACGGACACUUGGGAGCUGUCGAAUGGCUCAUCGAAACUAGAGGAGAGUUUAACCUCUACCGAGACACCCUCAGGGAUAGUUUACGCCAAGGUGGAUUAAAUCAACUUUUAGACACUCUCAAAGAUAUUGGAAUUUAUGAAGAAUAA